UCAAUCAUUUAACAUUGAACGUCGAUCGAUCGCUAACGAAAGUAAAUGUAAACACGUGAAGGUGUUGCACCAGAAAAGUUCUAUAAAUUAAAUAGAAUUGGGAAAUUUAUCGAAAAUGGCAUUACUUUUACGUAAAAACUUUAAGGUGGUAAAUCUUUUAAGACUAAUAAGCUGCAAUCAGAGUUUUCGUUCUAGAUAUACAAAUGUUGGUAUUAGCCGGUCUACUCAAAAUAAACUGUACGCUACCGCAGCUUAUAACAUCAAGACAAACUAUGCACCUAAUGGUUUUGACAAUAAUAACAAAUUUAAUGGUUUGUCAACUGCAGGUCAUGAAGAUAUUGACAAAGCUUUGAAAGAUAUUGAUUUUGCUGUAAGAAGAACCGGGCGUACCAUUAUAGAAAGUGUACACAGUGUUUUUCAAACUAUUGAAAAUACUGGUUUUGCAACUGAAAGUCAAAGUCUAUACUUACUUCGUUGCUGUGGACUGUUACGACUCGAAUCCCCGGAUAAGAGAGUGGAUAUAGUAAACAAAAUAUGGAAGAAAUUAAAAACACUUGGUGUUAAGUUAGACAUUCGACAUUUCAAUGCUCUUUUGAAGGUAUAUCUUGAUUCGAAUGAAAACUUCUCACCUUCAGACAUAUUAAUAUCGAUGGAACAUCAAAAUGUUGAACCAAAUGUAGAAACUUAUUGUUAUCUUAUUGAAAAGUAUUGCUGUGAUGGUAAUAUAAAUGGGGCUAACGAGAUAUUGGAGUUUUUGAAAGAAAAAAAUAUUCCUGUCAAUGAAUCUGUGUUUAAUUCUCUCAUUAAAGGUCACAUGAAAAUAGGUGAUUUGGAUGGAGCUAGAGAUAUCAUGGAAGUUAUGAGAAGUUCUAAUAUUUCGCCGUCUUCUCGUACUUAUACUACAUUAGCUUGCUGUUUUGCUGAAAUGGGAAAGUUAAAUGAAGUAGAAAAAGUAUUAAUUGAGGCAGAAUCUUUGGGAAUAUAUUUUGAAAAUUCUGAUUAUCUUCAAAUUUUGUUAUCGGCAGCUUCUAGCAAUAACAGUGAAUUUAUUGAUAAGAUGCUGAUGAAAAUGGGUGAUAUUUAUGAAUGGCGUCAAGAUCUUAUAAACACUGCAGCGGAUCUAAUAUAUAAAGGUUUAGACGAUGUUGCCUUCAAAUUGAUCAUGGAAAUUUCGAGUACAGAAUAUGGCACUGCUACUAAUAACUUUUUAAAAAUAUUAAUAAAAGCUGAAACACCGAUUGAAAAAGUGAUUGGUUAUUGUACUGAAAUAUACAAUAGUGGCUAUAACAAUUUCAUUUUUACCAAUGGCGCAAAGGCAUCUGUCGACAGUGGAAAGCCAGAUCAUGCAAUUGCCUUUUUCACUGAAAUGCAACAAAGAGGUAUACCAGUCAGAACACGUAAUUUCAGACCUCUUUUUAUUGCUAAUAAAUACAAUGUUGAAGGUAUGUGGAAAGUAAUGAAAUCAAUGGCUGUACUUGGUGUUCCUUUAGAUUAUAUUACUUAUAGAGAACAUAUUUUACCUGCUAUUGGUAAGGAAAGUCCUCAGCAAUUAAUUUCCAAAAUCGAGGAAUGUGGUCAUAGUGUUUCAGGCCUUAUUGAUCCACUAUUUGAAUAUUAUGUAUCAGAAGGUGAAAUCAAUCAUGCUUCGUAUUUAAUUGAAAAUUUUUCUGUUAGAGUCAACAUGUAUUUUAAUUUUUCACACUUUUUGUCACUUUACAAUAGAUUUGUUAAAAAUCCAACUACCUAUUUCCAAGUCCUGAAGUACAUUAUGGAAAACCUUGGUUUGCCUGGUCAAGAUGUAAUUACACUGAGAGGCCAACAGCUUGCUCUAUUUCUUCAAACAAGCCCUAAAAUUUUUGAUGUAUUCCACAAAUCUUACGUUGGUGUGGAUUGCAACUACGAUAGUAGAAGUUUAGAAAUUUGCAGAAAGAAUAUUCAAAGGAGUGCCCCUGAUCUUUUGAAUCACCUUCCUAAGAUAAAAGACCAAGGUUUAAAAAGUCGGCCGAUGAAAGAAAUGUCUAUUGAAGAAGAGGAGGAACUGAUAAAUACAUCAUCAACUGCUAAUAAGCAAAAGGCAUUAACAGGCUUGCUUAUUCGUCAUGUUAAAAAACGUGAUAUUGAAAGAGUCAAAAACAUUCAAAGUAAACUUAAUGAACAAAAUUUUAUCCUACCUCCUACAGCAUUUGCUCAAAUAUUCUUUCUUGAGUGUGAAAUGGGUAAUCUUGAAGAAGCAAAGAAAUGCUUACAAAAGAUUAAAGAACUAUAUCCAACUUUCAAGAUAGACACACCAAAACUUAUUGAUUAUGCUAGACUGUUGUUGAAAUAUUCAAAUAAUGAUGAAGCUAUUGCCAUCAUUAAGAAUGAAUGUCAAGAAGUCAAUAGCUUUUCUGACGCUGACGCAUUGUUGAGAAGUUUUCGAAGGUUCCUAAAUAACAUAGUUCAAACUGGCAACAUUGAUUUAGCUAAAACAGUGCGAGAUUCUGUGAUAAAUCGUCCAGAUUUUUCUUAUUUGAAGGAAGUGAUAAUGGAGCCUGUUGUGAAAAUUAAUUUGUACAAGGGAGAUUUUGAAAAUUCGUUGAAAGAGUUUGAAAAUUGUGUUGUAAACUAUAACUGCUCCCCUUGUCAAAACAUGUUUAUGAAGAAGCUAAUUUUGGCCGAUGAUCGUUUGAAACUUCAAGCAGUUAUUGACUUAGCAUCUAAAGUCGAAGGAAACUCACAAGUACUUCAUAAACUUGCUUUAGCUUUCUUAGAUUUAGAUAGGCUCCAAGAAGCUACUAAAAUAUUUCAAAGUCUAGGUCGAGAUAUUAACUAUAGAUUUUUAGAAGAAAUUGCGAAGGGAUAUGUUUCUGAAAAUAAAAUUACUGCAUUAGAGAACCUUUUGGGUGUUACUUCGAAUUUGAAGCAUGAAAGUAGGGAAGUACUAUAUCAUCUCCUUAUAGCUAAUUAUUGCAAAAAAAACCAGUAUGAAAAAUGUUCUGAAACCUUAGAUAACAUGAGAAAGGAAAACAUUGCACCAAGCGAUGAAUACAAACAACUGAUUAAUCUUUUAUGCACACGUAACAAAAAACCUUUGCAUUUCCCAGAUAUCCUAGACAACAAUAGCAGUGGGGCUAACAUUGUAUCAAGUAAUAACAAGGGAGCUAAUGACUCACUAUUGAGCAAUACUGUAUCAAGUAGUAAUGAAACAUUAUCCUUUUUGAAUUUUGUGCUUCAAGGAGAUGGAGAGCAAGCUUUAAAAGAGCUUAAAAUUAUGAGAAAGGGAUAUAUUCGAAGCAUCCCAUUUCAAGAUAUGUCUAAUUUUAUUGAGUUAGUUAACAAAAAUAACUCUUUGAAUAAUUUAGCAGGUAAUAUUCAAGCCAUGAGUUACAUCAUAGAAAAUUCAGGGGAAAUCUUUAAGCCUUUGUUGGAAAAAUACUCUAAUGAGGGAAAUGUUGAAGCUAUGAUAUCCCUUGCCAGUAUUUUUCCUGACUUCGCUCUUAAAAAAAGUUUUUUCAAUUCUUUUCUUGCUCGAGCUUACUUGAAGAGCAACCGACCUGAAGAUUUACUCUCCGAACUAGAAGCUCGUUCGAAUAAAAAGAACAGGCUAUUUUCCAUCACUGCCUUUCAUGAGUUAUUAAAAUUUCCACAUCUUGAAGAUAGAGUUGUUGAAUUAGCCAAAAGUUAUUUAAAUACUAGUAGUUUUGAUCUUCCUCUUACUGUUGUGUGGUCUCAUUAUUUCAGUUCUGAGCAGUAUGAGAAAGCAUACGAAAUCAGUAAAGUUACCCCUAUUCCAGUGGAUAAGGUUGAUGCUGUUAUUUUCCGACGUGUUCAAGAAGGAGAGAACAUUGAAUUGGGAAAGAGAUAUGUCGAAUUUGUUUCAUGCCGUGAUUAUAAAGAUCGUGUUAAAGAAAGAGCCUAUGGUAUGCUGCUUGAUUUACUUGUUUUAAAGCAGAUGCAUGAUGAAGCAGUUAACCUAGUUAUGGAUGCUAAAUCGAAAAAUGUGAAUCUGGAGAAACAUUAUCAGUCCACAUUAUCAACUUUAAAAAGUUCUCUCGAACGAGAAAGUAAACCUGUUCCUUUUAGUCUUGAUGUUAGUAAUGACUCAUAACUUAUGACUGUAAUGAACAUUUUAUACUUUUUAUUAUAGUUAUUCAAUUGUUAAGUUACCACUUCGUUUUAUUUAAAAGCUUUAUAAAGCUUUUCAGUAGGCAUGUUUAGGUUGCUUAACUUAGCAAUUGUAAAUAGCAGUUUUGAGUGCAUAAGAUUUAUAAACUAUUAUCAAUUUAUUUUUGUUGCUGAAACAUUUUGACACCUCUAAUUUACUGUGAAAAAGUCACUUUAAACUUACGUAAACAUGUAUAGUCAACCCCACUUAACAAGCCCUUCAUCUCUGGACCGAAGUCUACUCUGAAAGUGGUGGAGACGGGAGGCUUCUAAAUAUGCUUUUAAUCCUCUUUAUUUAAUUUUUACAAAUGAACUGGUAAUGGAUGUUUACUCUAUUUUGCAGUAUCUUUCGAUAAAUGUAAAAUAUAAGGCCGUCACCCAAUCAUAAUUUGAAAUAUAAAUUGUCCAGUAUUUUAGAUUCUCUAUUAAUUUUUUGUGACAAAAUUAUGCCAAUACAAUUUUAAAAUCAACAGUUUUUGAUAGGUAAUUAAAUAGUAUACAGUUACUUGAUUUUUUAGUAUCUUUGUUUUUAUGGAAUUAACAGUAAAGGAAUUUUUUAGCAUUGUCCAAAUUGGCUUUCGUCAGCUUGAAUUGUAAUAAAAUUAGAUUUUAUAAAAUCUAAAAUUUGAGAAACGUGUAAGUUAAAAUUACUUACUCAAAGCCAUAAAUUGCAUUAAUUUAUUGCAAUAAAGUUUUCAGAAAAAUAUCAUAGAAUUUCUAAAACUAUCAAACACUAUUUUUUCUAAUCUAAUAAGUGACAAUUCUAUUUUCUACUUUUUUUAAAGGUAUUGUGCUAUCUAACAAUACUAUUGCAUUAAAAGUUUGUUAAAUACAAAAAAUAUCAAGAAAACACGUAUUAAAAAUUUUACUUAAAGCCUAAGAUGGUGAAGAUAGAUGCUUCUUAAAGAAACUUUCACUUCAAAAUGUAAAGAAUCACUUUCUCUUAGAAGCGUUCUUAGAAUUGUUACUACGAAAAAAUUCCUAUGGGGAAGAGUGAAAGGAGAAUCCACACUAUUUUAAAGAUCAUUUAUGAUUGGAGCUGUUUGUGUCCAGUUGGUGAUAAAAAAAAUUCCUCUUUGCUCAAUUAAACGAGGACUGCAACUGUAAAUAAUCGUUUAAACGAUAGAAUUUAACAUUGUUUUGCCUUAGUUCUUUAAAUUUUAUUCAUAUAACCGAGUUAUCCGAUAUGCAUCUUAAGUGGGAACAACUGUAAUAUUAAUCAAAUGAGAUAUCUUUAUCAUUGAUUUAUUUUGUAUAUCUGUCAUUAAAAAGUUUUAAAUUAAAAAGAUUUAUAAUUA